UUGGGGAAUUGACCUAUUGUACUGUACAUGCUCCCAACGAGAAACACAAACACAAACCACCCCUCUUACGAUCGUCUCCAGCUACCGGCAUUAGGAUGAAAGUACAUCAGCUCAUGAACUUGUCAUCGUUACUGUACUGCAAUGUUCAUGUAUGAGGCACAGUCAGUAGCCGGUCAUGAUCUGAUUCCUCCACCACAGCAAACGCCUGCCUUAUACUCCUCUGAGCAAACCUGGGGAACAUACGACUCCCAUACACAGAAUCUACUCCAAAUCCUGCCGUACGCGCUUUGCAUCAUGGUAUCUGCAUCCGCUCUCUGCAUCAUUAUCUCCAGAUCCUCUACAAUUGGAAGUCGACGGGAAGGACAAUAAACUUUGGAUGCCGUUGAGGUCGAUCAUCACCAUUGUUGAGAGACGGUGAGAUGAGUACGAAUCCCUUUACGCAGGUACAGG